CUGACUGUUUCAUUCUUCUAUCUCUGGGUAGGAGGAUUUGCGAACCGCAGGAAAAGCCAAAACUCCCAAUUAUUCCCAUCACAAUGAAGGGAGCCAUCUUCAACAUCGAUUCUGGAUAUUUGGAGGGAUUGUGCCGUGGUUUCAAGUGUGGAAUCCUCAAGCAAGCGGACUACUUGAACUUGGUGCAAUGCGAAACAUUAGAAGAUUUGAAGCUCCACUUGCAAGGAACAGACUAUGGCACUUUCUUGUCCAAUGAGCCCAGCCCCCUGGCAGUAUCCACCAUUGAUGACAAGCUGCGUGAAAAACUUGUUAUCGAGUUCACACAUCUAAGGAAUCACUCUGUGGAGCCACUAUCCACCUUCCUAGAUUUUAUUACAUACAGCUACAUGAUUGAUAAUAUCAUCCUGCUGAUCACUGGCACCCUGCACCAGCGCCCAAUCUCUGAGCUGAUCCCCAAAUGCCACCCUCUGGGCUCCUUUGAGCAGAUGGAAGCCAUUCAUGUGGCUGCUACCCCAGCUGAGCUGUACAAUGCUGUCCUGGUGGACACACCUUUGGCUCCCUUCUUCGUUGACUGCAUCAGCGAACAAGAUUUGGAUGAGAUGAACAUUGAGAUCAUCCGUAACACCCUGUACAAGGCGUACUUGGAAGCCUUCUUUGAUUUCUGCAAACAGAUUGGUGGAACUACUGCUGAUGUCAUGUGUGAGAUUUUGGAGUUUGAGGCUGACCGCCGCGCUAUCAUCAUCACCAUCAACUCUUUCGGCACGGAGCUGUCCAAGGACGACCGCGCCAAGCUGUACCCGCGCUGCGGCAAGCUGAACCCCGACGGGCUGGCGGCGCUGGCGCGCGCCGACGACUACGAGCAAGUGAAGGCCGUCGCCGAGUACUACGCCGAGUACCAGGCGCUGUUCGAGGGUGCUGGCAACAAUGUUGGUGACAAGACUCUUGAAGACAAGUUCUUUGAACAUGAGGUGAGCCUCAACGUCCACGCCUUCCUGCAACAGUUCCACUACGGCGUGUUCUACUCGUACCUGAAGCUGAAGGAGCAGGAGUGCCGCAACAUCGUCUGGAUCAGCGAAUGCGUGGCGCAGAAACACAGAGCAAAGAUUGAUAACUACAUUCCUAUUUUCUAAAAGUUUUAUGUAUGUUUGAUUUUCAAGUUACAUCCAGAAUUGCGUACAUUAUGUAAAUAUGAAUAUUGUUUUCAACUAAAGCGAGGUCAGACAUUUACUUCAUGAAACAGGAAAUAAUAAUAAAUGUUUAACCAUUGUUGUUUUCGUGUAAGACAAUUAUUAAAGUAGGCUAAUAUUUUAAUUAUUUCUUGUAUGUUAAAUAAAUAUUUAUUUCGCAGAUUUUAUAGUAUUAUCAAUGAAACUAUUAAACUCAAAAAUGUAAGUUUAAUGUUACAAAUCGCUGUAAUUAAUGGGCAACCCAUAUUUGUAAUUUAAAAAUGUUGAUGAAAUUAUAACCUGAGAUCCUUGUAAGUUAUAAAAUUAGUUCUAUCAAUGGAGGAGCAUUUAGCUGAACAUUGGCUCCAUUACAAACCAAGCAGAUUCUGAGAUGGCAGCACAGCCUUGAUGAUUUCUAAAAUGUUGUACUGGAGAGUUGCCUAACAUUAUAAGUAUGAAUAUUAAUUGUAUUAGAUCGAUUAUUAAACUGUAUAACUGUUAAAA